AUGCAGAGAUAUAACCAUUAUAAGCCCACCUAGUUAGGUAUCAGAUAAACUCAGAUUUAGGUUGAUAGCAAGUAGACUCAGCUAAAACUCAUUGAUGAGAACAAAGGCACUAUUCAGGUCAAUGGAUGGGGACUCAAUCUUGAUUAACAACUGCUAGUAAACUAUUAGUAUGCAGCUCCACUCUCUCUAGCUGUGAAGUAACUUAACAAUUUAAAGUUCAGAAGCUGGAAUUAUUUUCUCAUUCACACUCCAACUCAUGUGAUUCAGGUGAUAUUCGUUGAUCUCAACCUAGGAAUCGCAUGCCCUUCAAAUCUUGUGGUGAUGGAGAGGUAGGAUAUCAAGGGAACCUAAAAAAUCAUUGAAACAAUGACUUGCCCGACAUACAAUAAAGAGACUGUAAGCAUUGGUGAAAAGACUGAGUUAGUUGCUGAUCAAUGGUCUGGCAGUGUGAUAAGAAAGGAAGGUUCGAUGUACUAGUUUAAGGUAAACUCAAAAGCAGCUAAUUUCGAGAUGGAUUUAACUUUUGACUACUCUGAAAAUCCUGGGCAAGUUUGGGCAACACCACUAACUAAUGAUUUGAGAACUUACUAUGCCACCUAAAAGAAGCCAGUAUCAGUUGUUGGUUCAUACUCUUAUAAUAACCAAAGACAGCAAUGCAAAGGAGGGGAUUGCUUCAUGAUGAUAGAUAUUGGGAGAGGACAUUUGAACUAUGGAAUGGCUUAUUUCUGGGUUCUAAUCAUGGCAAAGCUCAAGGACGGGAGAACCAUUUACAUUAAUCUUUGCGAUGGAGCCAGCUCAGAAUUCAAGACACUAGACAAAGCCAACGAAGAUUUCAUUAUUGUAGACGGCAAGCAUUACAAACUCGAUGUUACUGAGAUGGAUUACUACAAGGAUAAUUAUAUGGGAAGAAAAACGAUUAGGACUGCAGUUUAGUCUAAUGACUACAAGAAGAUAUACAAAAACAGAUCUUGUGAAUUCUCUUUUGAACCUCAAGGCUAGCUUAGCUAAGGCGUGAAUGCUGCUGUUAUUGCCAUGAAUUAAGUGUUUACCUAUGGACCAUUUAAAGGCUUUUGUGAUUUAGAUGGAGAUAGAAUUGAGAUUGAUAAUGUAUUUGGCCAUGUAGAGCAAGUAUACUCCAGAUGGUGA